AUGGUGCUUAGGCGGGGAGCACAGGUCGACAUAUCCAAUGCCUGUUGGCUUCCAGCUCGCUUGAAGAAACCCUGCCCUCGCUGCAACAGAGGUGGGCAGCAAGGUAACGGCGAUGUGGGCAGCCCAGAUAGGGAGGAGGUGACGGACGGGCCGGGAUCACGAUCUCUCACCGUCUGUUUCAAGGGGCGGUAUUCACGAAAAAUGAAUGGGGUGAGCGUGGUGUGCCAUGACUCAAAGAGUCGGAGAAACAGAUGCCGUGUGGGCCUCUCAAGGUGCCUCCUCCUUGAUGUGCCUGCCGGGCGGCUUGCGGAUUUGAUCAGUCCGUUGGUGGCUGCGGCCCGCUGCGUGGUGAAAUGCAUCGUGCAGCCUCGCACCGCCGACGAGGUGUCCAAACCCGUGACGGCGCUGGCAGGCGCGGGCGUCAAGUUCGCCGUCCGCAGCGGCGGGCACACCUGCUUUGGCGGCGGCAACGGCACCGAGGACGGCGUGACGGUCGACCUGGGACUCAAGGCCGACACGACGGCGCGCGACGACCCCGGCGGGGCAAAGGUGGCGUCGAUCAGCCCCGGCGCCAAGUGGCACGACGUCUACGACGCGCUGGGGCCGCGCGGGCUGACGGUGGCGGGCGGGCGCGACGGCGCGGGGGGCUGGUGGCGGGCGGCGGCAACAGCUUCUUCACGUCGCGCUGCGGCAUGCUCCUUCGCCGGCGUGUGGACGUACACCCCGCAGGCCAAGGACGUAACCAUCUAUUGCCUGCUCACAAAUCUCCACGGCUCCAAAGAUCAGAAGGCGUUUGAGAAGUUUAGCGCCUUCGGCCCGAGCGACGAGACGGGCGAGGCCAAGAUUUCGGCCUUUGUGCGCCAGAUCUCGCUUCCUCCCGGCCAGCAAACCCGCCAGCGAGAUCUGGUUCACGCUCACGUUCAAGACGACCUCCGCAUGGUCAACAAACUCCUCGCGGGCCACGAGGCCAUGGUCGAGAAGCUCAAGGGAAUCAUGCCCGACGGCAACUUCACGACGCAGUGUGUCCUGCAGCCGCUGCCGGCCCUCUUCGCGCGCCACUCGGUCGAGCGCGGCGGCAACGUGCUCGGGCGGGACCAGGUGACCGGCAAUGCCGUCCUCUGGCUCGGGACCGUAUCGGCCCCGACCAGGGAGCUCGGCGACGCUGCGCACGGGCUGCUGCGCGCAUACGCGACCGAGACCGAGGCCCACGCGCGCGAGCUGGGACUCGAUGUGCCACUACGCAGACCCGUCCCAGCAGGUGCUGGCGACGUAAGGCGCCGCCAAUGUCGAGAAGAUGAAGGCCGCGGCAACCAAUUUGAUGAUGUCGGGUACAAAUACGGCGCAAUCAAGGAAGGCUCUUGA